GUUGGCUGCCUUUGAAAACUAUCUUCCUGCCCUGAGGUUAGGCACUCUCUCGAGGAGAGUGAAGGAAGACGCAGGGCAUUCCUCCGAACGAAAAUCAAUAACCCAAAAAAAAAAAAAAGGGUAAGACUUGGUCAAUCGUGACGUGACGACUAUCUUCUCCAUACCCAACAUCAUUGGGCCACCAUUCCAUCUUCCAAACUCAUCGGAGAAUCAAUAUUUUUUUCUUUUCUUUGCUUAUUUUAACCUUUUAUUUGAUACUUGUAAUUUUCCUUUGUUUUGUUCACUUCUUUAUUGCUAAAGUUUUGAGUUUCCUUUUUCGUUCACUAAUCUAAAAAUUCUCUAUAUUAGGCAUCUACAGAGAGAUUUGCUUUGUUACCCAUUUUUUGUUUUUGUUUUCUCAAUUGAUUUAUUCUGGGUAUGAUUUUUUUUAAGGGUAGGAAUCAUACUUGAGAUUCUACAACCGGGGUUUUGUAUAAUUCUCUUUUUUGGCUUUUAGAAUAUUUGGAUUUAGAUUAUAGUAGCCAAUAAUAAUAUUACAAAAAAACAUGGGAAAUGUUAAUGGAAGAGAAGAUGGGGUUAGUAGCCCAUCUGCGCUUGAGGAAGAAGGCGAUAGCAGCGGCGGCGGUGGUAGCGUGCAAGAAAGCAUGGCUGAACAGAGCCCCACGGCGCCUGACGGAGCUCCGGAGAUGAUGGGUCAGUCUCCUCCUCAAACCCCCAGGACCCACUCACCUUUGAUGUUCACUCCCCAAGUCCCUGUUGUACCAUUACAAAGACCUGAUGAGAUUCACAUCCCAAGCCCUUCGUGGAUGCAAAGUGGUUCAGGGGUUGAUGAAAUGUCUUGUGAACAAGCUAUUCCAUCAAUGAUUACAUGGGCAUACGGUGGCAAUGAAGUAGCUGUUGAGGGUUCAUGGGACAAUUGGAAGACAAGUCUGCCCCUUCAGAGAUCAGGGAAAGACUUCACUGUUAUGAAAGUGCUGCCGUCUGGUGUUUAUCAAUAUAGAUUUAUCGUUGAUGGUCAGUGGAAGUGUACCCCAGACUUGCCCUGUGCUCAAGACGACACAGGAAAUUUCUACAACAUCCUAGACUUGCAGGAUUAUGUUCCGGAAGACAUUGAAAGCAUAUCUGGUUUUGAACCUCCACAGUCCCCAGAUUCAAGCUACAACAACCAGAACCUUGGAUCCGAUGAUUUUUCAAAGGAGCCACCAAUUGUUCCUCCUCACCUACAAAUGACGUUGCUUAAUUUGCCUGCACCGUCAUCAUACACGGAGAUUCAGCCACCUUUGUCACGACCACAGCAUGUGGUACUCAACCAUCUUUACAUGCAAAAAGGGAGGAGUGGCGGCCCAUCUGUGGUGGCACUAGGUACAACACAUCGGUUUCUCGCCAAGUAUGUGACGGUGGUGCUCUACAAGUCCUUGCAGAGGUGAACUUAAACUACAUCCGUGAGGACUAAGUAGAUUUAUUUAUCUAGCUAAUUAAUACAAUUUUAAGCUUUCAAUGAUGCUGUAAUGGCUUAUAUAAAGCUCGGAAGGAGUAUAAGUUGAAACUUUGAGAUAGUGUUUGACAUGAUGCAAUUGCUUCUUGACCAUUCAUGCGGCGAACUUUUUAUCCUUUAUUGGCUGUUUGGUGACUACAUACGUUGUCUUCCGCUGUACUAGACUUGAUGGUAAAGGCAAUAGUUAGUUAGUCUUGUAGUGAAAGGAAUAACAUAAGAGAGUUGAAAUUAUUUUGUGCAA